AUGAGGCAUGCACUCAUUACGAGAGCCUAUACGGCUGCAAGAGCUUCACCAUGGAGCUCUACCGGCCGGGUCUACCACCCUUCUAUUCUGGGAUGGAGAGCUGCUCCACUUGGACGAACCUCACCAGUCAGCAUACGUUCGACGUCAUCCAUACGGUCAGGGCAUAUCAAGCUCAACCAGAAUGAAGGCAUUCUCUACGUGAAUAACAUCUUCCCACAACGCCUGCAAUGGUUCCUGCGGGGUCCACUCAGUCACAUACAGCCCCUCGAGGGGACCUUAAGAAGAAUCAACAAUCCAGACCUCGCGGCGUCAGACCCAACAUCUAUUGCACAGCGUGCUUUGCCAGCUAGCCUUGGCCUGGAAAUCAAAGAAGUGGUUCCGCGAUACAAAGAAGGAGGCGCAUUCAUCAAAUACUCCCGGAAGCCUGAUAUGAACGACGAAGACGUCAGAGCAGCUGUGCAAGACCAUCUGAGCAAGAACCCAAUAAAACCAUGGUACAAUCCAUUCCAGACAGCUGAAAUUGACCUGGUACAAGGCAGACCUUGGAUCGAGGAUUUGGCAAGGAUCCCGAGCCAGUCCUUGAAAGUUGAAUUUUUGCCGGACUCUGCAGAAGGCCGAGCUGUGGAACUAACACAGGAAGCUCUUUAUACGCUUUUCCGUCCCUUUGGAAAGCUUCUGGAUAUCCAACCCCAGCCCAGUGAUUCCAAGGUCGAGCCGAGGUAUGCCGUUCUGCGAUUCAGCCGGCCCCGAUUCGCAGUGAUGGCAAGAAAUUGCAUGCACGGGUAUGUGGUGCGCGAGGCAGAAGGAGGUGGCAAAACUGGAACCCGCUUCAAGAUUAAUUAUGAGCGAAAGAUCAAGCUGUCUAUGAUCAAGGACUGGAUUGUCAACCACCCCCGCAUCGUGAUUCCUGCUAUCGCAGCCCUGGUGGCGGCAAUCACAGUAAUCAUUUUCGAUCCGAUCCGUACAUUCUUCAUCAAAGUCAAAAUCAAGUCCACGCUUCAUACCGAAGAUUAUCCAGUCGUGCAAUGGGUUCGCAAACAAGUCAGCAAAGCCAACAGGAUGUAUUUUGGAAAUCGCCGAACGGAUCCACGAGGGCUGGCUGCUAUCUGGGAAGACCGUCAAAAUGAUAUUUCGCAGCUGCAAGCGUGGUUAACCGAGACUGUUGAAACCUUCAUCGUCAUACACGGACCACGCGGCUCUGGAAAGCGAGAAUUGGUGCUGGAACAGACGCUGAAAGAGCACAAAUACAAACUGGUCAUUGACUGCAAGCAGCUUCAAGAUGCUAGAGGUGACACUGCCAAGAUCUCUCGAGCUGCAUCUCAAGUUGGAUACCGACCUCUCUUUUCCUGGAUGAACAGCAUCAGCAGUUUCAUCGACUUGGCUGCGCAAGGAAUGAUUGGUACCAAGGCCGGAUUUAGCGAGACUUUGGACGCGCAACUCAGCAAGAUCUGGCAGAACACCGCCGUCGCUUUGAAGCGGGUAGCACUUGAAGGUCGACGCAAUGAGGACAAGGAUGCAAAUAUGAGCGACGAUGAAUAUCUCGAGGCACACCCUGAGAAAAGACCUGUCGUGGUUAUCGACAAUUUCGUGUAUGACUCGGAAGGUGACAUUGUUCUUGACAAGCUCACCGAGUGGGCAGCCGGCUUGACGACGGCGAACAUUGCCCAUGUGAUCUUCCUCACUACAGACUCGUCGUUCUCGAAGCCUCUGAGCAAGGCCCUUCCAAACCAGGUAUUCCGCACCAUCGGUCUGGGCGAUUGUUCCCUUGAGGUGGGUCAUCGCUUUGUGAUGAGUCACCUUGAUACGGAAGCAGACGGCGGUGCCGAUGGCGCUAAAGAAAAGCCGACACGCAAUCUGGCUGGCUUGGAUGACUGCAUUAAGGUCUUGGGCGGCCGUAUUACCGACCUCGAGUUCAUGGCACACCGAAUCGAGGCUGGAGAGACUCCACAAGCUGCGGUGGACCGCAUAAUCGACCAGUCAGCCUCGGAAAUUUUGAAGAUCUUCAUUCUGGGCACAGACACCGUCACCCCUCAGUGGACUCGCGAGCAAGCCUGGCACUUGAUCAAAUUACUUGCCCACGCCAAGGAUGGAUCUCUUUUGUACAACAAGGUCCUACUAUCAGACUUAUUCAAAAAUGACGGCGAGGCUACUCUUCGAGCCUUGGAGCAGGCCGAAUUAAUCUCCGUCGGUUCUGUCAAGGGCUUCCCACGGUGGAUCAAGCCUGGCAAGCCGGUCUAUCAAGCUGCUUUCCAACGACUGAUCGAGAACAAGACACUUGAGGGUCGUCUUGAUCUGAUGAUUCUCGGACAACUCAUCGGGCAAGAGAACAAGAGCAUCAGCAAGUACGAAGAGGAGCUACAGGUGCUGGGAUCACUUCCGAAGCACCCUCGGGAGCUGACAUCUCGCAUUGAGUGGCUUCUACGCAAGAUCCAGGGCUCGCAAACUAAGAUUCUCAAGUACGAGAAUGACAGUGCAGCUUUGACUAAGCUGCUGCAGAGCGAGAAAUAA